AUGCUGAACCAGUUCUCCUCGGAGCACCGGGAUCUUCACUCAUCCGUCUCCCGGGUGGGCAAAUCAGUGGAUAAGAACUUCAUCUCCGACUACGUCUGCGUGGGCAAUGAGAAUCUCUUUGACCAGGAGGAGAAUGCACUGGCGCUCAACAAAGUCAUUGUGGAGCACUUCCUCCGUCAGGGUAGGUCAGACAUUGCCGAAAGUCUGAUAAAGGAAGGCAAACUGGACGUCAAUAAGAGAGACAAGACUCCCUAUAUCAAAAUGAAUAAGAUUUUAGAGGCAUUAAAAAAUCACGACCUAGAGCCCGCCAUGGAGUGGGCAAAGGAGCAUCGCACAGAUCUACUGAGACACAACAGCAGCCUUGAGUUUAAACUUCACCGCUUGCAGUUUAUUGAGCUACUGCGCGGUGGCAUCGACAAUCAAAUGACGCUGAUCAACUACUCCCGUGCCCACUUUACCACAUUCGCCAGCAAAUACGCCAGUGAGAUACAGACGCUCAUGGGCUCGCUGAUAUACCUCAGAUCGGGAAUCUCCGCUUCACCCUACGCCUACUUGUUGGAUCAAACCAACUGGACUGAAAUCUGCAAUAUGUUCACGAAGGAGGCCUGCGCCCUGUUGGAGGUCUCAGUGGAGAGCCCCCUCUCGGUGACCUUCAACGCCGGCUGCAUAGCCCUGCCGGCGUUGAUCAACAUCAAGCAGGCGAUUCAGCAGCGACACGUGACCGGGGUGUGGACCUCCCGCGACGAACUGCCCAUUGAGAUUGACGUCACGCGGAAGUGUCACUACCACUCGAUCUUCGCCUGUCCGAUUCUCCGCCAGCAGAGCAGCGACAACAAUCCGCCGAUGCGACUCACUUGCGGCCACGUCAUAUCACGCGACGCCCUCAACAAGCUGACCAAUGGAUCGAAGCUGAAGUGUCCCUACUGCCCGGUGGAGCAGAAUCCCUCCGAUGCGCGGCUUAUAGUCUUCUAG